AUGGAUCUGAACAUGAUCCGCGUUAUUGGGCGCUUCAAAGUGAAUGAGGUUGUAGAAAAUAAUCCACCAUUUAAGGAUCAAGACAGAGAGAUUUUCCCCAAGGAACGAGAUGUGAUAGCGGUGGAUGAGCCGCAGGAGGGCCCCAAUGAGUUUAACCAAGCACCUAACACUAUCGUGGUUGCCAAGGUGGACGGUGCCAAGAUGGCUCAAGAGGAGGAGAGAGUAGCUGAGCCUCUUGUGGAUGCUGUCAAGAUAGAACAAGACUGCCAAGAAUUAGAGGAGGAGGAACACGAGAGUCUCAUGGACGCUGCCAAGAUGGGUGAAGCAUGUGGAGAGAUUGAGGAAGGGGAAGAUGAGGGUCUCGUGUAUACUGCUGAGAUUGGUGCUGCAUAUGGAGAUGAGGAGGAAGGGGCAACUGAAAGUGUAGUGAAAGAAGAAGCCCAUCAGCAUUUAGAGGAAGAGGCAACUGAAAGUCUCUUGGGUGCAGCCAAGAUGCGUGAAGCGUUUGGAGAGACUGAGGAAGGGGCAAAUGAGGGUGUCGUAGACGUUUCUGAUAUUGGCCCAGCAUGUGGAGAUGAGGAGAAAUGGGAGGCUGAGAGUGCAGUAAAUGCUGGAAAGAUGGAAGAAGCCCAUCGAGAUUUAGAGGAGGAGGCAACUGAAGGUCUUUUGGGUGCUGCCAAGAUAUGUGAAGCGUUAGGAGAGACUGAAGAAGGGGCAAAUGAGGGUGUCUUGGACGUUUCUGAUAUUGACCCAGAAAGUGGAGGUGAGGAGGAAGGGGGAGCUAUGGGCCUCCUGAAUGCUGCCAAGGUGGAACAAGCCCAUCAAGACGUAGAGGUGAACGCAGCCGAGAGUACCAUGGAUGCUGCCAACAUGGAGGAAGUCCAUGUAGAGGUGGUGGAACGGGCAGCUGAGAGACCCUGUAACCAACCCUCGGGUGCCGCUUGCACCCACUGA